AUGGACACGCAAAGGCCGUUCUUUGACGCAGCGAUGUUCAACUUUCUGGACGAGAUCAACUGCACAGAUGUGUCGCCGCGGUGCGUCUUUGGACCCGCUGAAGGCCUCGAUGCGCCGAGCUCCUACCACCCGGACCACCACGGACCACACCAACACCUGACCUCCGGGAGCGCAGGUGCUCGAGCCCACGGAUUUAGUGCUGAUUCCGCUUCUGCUGAGCCGCCCGUCUAUCAUGGGGGCGCUCACGGUGGGCGAGCGAAGAGAAAGCGAGUCAUCACCACCGUCCAGCGCCAGGCCGCCAACAUCAGGGAGCGCAAGAGGAUGUUCAGCCUGAACGAGGCGUUCGACGAGCUGCGCAAGAAGGUGCCCACCUUCGCGUACGAGAAGCGGCUCUCGAGGAUCGAAACGCUGCGGCUGGCCAUCGUCUACAUCUCCUUCAUGACGGAGCUGCUGGAAAAAUAG